GGCACAGAAAGACUGCUCUGACCAUCAAGAUUAGCUGAUUAUUGAUACGUUUAUAAGGCGACAAUAAUAACACAUUGACAAUGUUUUCGUGGGGAGAGAACAACCGUGAUGGCUUCGGUUUAGUAAAGUCGAAUGGUUUGGUAAAGGCGAACACGGAUAGUUGCCUAAAUGUCAUACUCACGAAAUCUCCAAUUGCGCAUCUGUCCGCGGGUAAUAAAGUGGUCGCGUUUAUUAGAAGUAAUGGGAAAGUGUCAUUCGCUUGCAGGAUGCACGAGUAUAAAGAUGGGAAAAGGGUCACAUGGAAACUAAAGGGUGUGGAGUGCAGGGAGAAGAUUCUGGCUCUGAGUUGCGGAGAUGCCCAUGUUGUUUUACUGUCUGAGGAGGGCAGAGUUUUUUGUCUUACCUCUGCCUCCAAUGAUCCCAGCCCAGUGGGUAACUUGAAUCAGGUAAUUCAAGUUGCAUGUGGAGACCACCAUUCCAUUGCACUAACCCAAGAUGGUAAAGUGUUCACGUGGGGCCAGAACUCCAGCGGACAGCUGGGUUUGGGGGAGGGAGAGCCCAGCACCUUGUCUCCCCAGCCUGUCAAGUCUUUGUCAGGGAUCCCCCUGGCUCAGAUCACCGCUGGGGGAGACCACAGCUUCGCCCUGUCCCUCUCUGGAGCCGUGUUCGGCUGGGGCAAGAACAGCGCCGGGCAGCUGGGACUGGGGGACACAAUAGACAGACCUGCUCCAGCUCCUGUUGAUUGCCUGAAUCUAAAGAAGACCGUUGCUGUUUCCUGUGGAGGGGAGCAUACUGCUGUUCUGACAAAGGGAGGUUUAGUGUUCACAUUUGGCUCGGGUCGAUAUGGACAGCUUGGACACAACACUCUCAGAAAUGAACUACGACCUCGACUGGUGGCCGAACUCUGGGGGGCAAAGGUGACCCAGAUAGCAUGUGGAAGAAACCACACAUUGGCGUUUGUGGGCUCCUUCAAAAAUAUCUACUCAUUUGGGCAUGGAGAGCAAGGGCAGCUGGGAAAUGGAGUCAAGAUGGAUCAGUCUGUGCCUCUGCCAGUACAGCUCCCACAGGACCACAUUGAUGACCAGCAAAUUGAACAAACCUUUGCUGGAGGAAACCAUUCUUUUGCCGUGUGCAGUUCCGCUAAGGAAUCAGGAAAAGGGAUGAAUGACUCCCGUGUUGAAAAAAUGAUUCAAACAUUAGACAAUGACGUCAUUGACAGAUGGAUCUUGCAAUGCGACUCAAAAUCAUGGGAGAAAAUACAGAAGGAAAUCACAGAAACGUUCUCUUCUGCAUCAUGUUUAAAUGGGAGCUUCCUGGACAAAAGUCAUGAUAAACACUACCAAACCUCAAUGAAGCACUCUGGCCUGGACUUGUCACUCGCCCGAAUGGCUUUUCAAAGGCUUGCAGAAAAGGACAAAGUUCUGGCUGAGGUUGAAGAUGUUGUCCAGCGCAUACUCCUUCCCUCCCUGAGUAAGGAUCCAAUUGGUGUGGAGUGUCUGAGGGUGUACCUCAUCAUCCCUGAGCUCCUGAGGGUUCUCCUAAAACAACAACGUGGCAUAGACAUUACUGAGGCCUUCGCUGCUGCCGUCCUCAGACUGAACCCAGACAAGCUCCAGGUCCUUGAGGGCCUAUGGUCGACACUGUCAGAUUCCUUCUUCCGAACCGUGGUGAAAGUAUUCCACUCCGUGUCAGCAGAGUACCUUCACCAGAUGGCAGUCAAACGAUGUGAUCAUAGAAAAUCAUUAAAGAAGACUUUUGGGGUUCUGAAAAGGCUUUAUGAUGCGAACAGCAAGAGACACAGAAGAAUCACAGUUGACACUUUCCAUGUCAACAAAGUCAGUUCUCUCUUUCAGGCUAAGCUGGUACGAGACUUAAAUUCAGAACUGAGAGAGCUGGUCUGGGAUAUCUCAGGAGAGGAUGACACAUAUUGGAUUGAAAGUGACAUGAUAUUGAGCAAAAUAAAACAUUAUAAGGAUAACAUAUUAUGCCUCCUGAAGGACUACCCCUGUAUCCUGGACACUGAAGCCAAAUGUACAGUGUGGAUGUAUGCAUUUGAUCAGAUCAAAGAUUGUCAUGAGGACAUCGAAUACGGUUGGUUUUGUGACGACACCCUAAAGGUGGAUCGGGAAACACUUCUGGAUGAUACCUUUCAGCAACUGCGAAAAAUGAUUUGCCACAUGGUGGCUUUAAAGGUGAAGUUUCAAGCGGAGGAUGGUGUGGAUGAAGGUGGUGUUUCACUGGAAUUCUUCAGCCUCCUGGGGAGGGAACUUCUCACAAUGGAACCAAAGACACUGGAGGUUUACGAGUCUGGACUAGCAUGGCUCACAACAGAUGACGGCGGUAUCACUGAUGAAUUCUACUUACUUGGGCUGCUCUGUGGGAAGGCACUGUAUAAUCAGUGUGUUCUGAACCUCUGCUUCCCUCUGGCUCUCUUCAAGAAGCUUCUGGGUCUGACUACAACAUUGGAUGACCUUAAAGAGCUGUCUCCAACUGAAGCAAGUGGCUUGCAGUAUGUGUUGGAUGAAGAUGAGGAGGUUGUUGAAGCGCUGGAUUUGGUUUUCAUGGACAAAGGGCAAGAACUGAUACCAAAUGGAGAGGAGCUCCCAGUUACCAUGAUCAACAGGAAGAAAUAUGUUGACUUGUACGUUGACAUGAAGCUCAACAAGUCAGUGCAGAGCCAGUUUGCAGACUUUGAGAAAGGCUUCCACAAAGGCUGCCCUACACAGACAUGGAGGAUGUUUCUACCUGAGGAGCUGAUGACACUUCUACAAGGAGAUGACAACUACGAGUGGGACAAGUUGAGAGAGAAUGCCAAGUAUCAAGGAUAUAGGCCCACAGAUGACAUCAUCCAGAACUUCUGGAGGGUUUUCACAGAGUUCUCAGAGGAGGAAAAGAAGAAGUUCCUAACUUUUCUGACUGGAACGGACAGACUGCCCAGAGGACAAAGUCUCUCCAAACUGCAGAUGCAAAUCACGUCUUUGGGCAGCACUGACGCUGAUGAAUAUUAUCCGAAAGCACAAACGUGCUCUGUGACGUUAUGCCUCCCUAACUACAGCAGUAUCGACACACUACAGGAGAAACUUCUCCAUGCUAUCACCCACUGUGAUGUGUUUGGAGAUGCUUGAAAUGGGAAGUAUGUUACUAGUAGCCUAGCAGUUUGUUUUUAUCUACGUCUGUCAAUAUUAUGAUUUUAUUUAGUCAAUGAAGCACAUUCAGAGCUAACACCUGAAAAUAUUCAGACAUUAAGAGCAGUCUUUAUAAAUAUAAACUUUCAUAAAUGCUUAAUGUUUUUUUCCAGUGAAACCACUGUUAAUAGAAACAUUUACGCCUCCUCCGGACCCCUCGUAGCCUAAUGUGCUGUUGAUUGGUCAAAUAAUUAUGAACUAAAUGAAUGAAAGCCAAUCAUACUUUAAUGAUCAAACAGUGGAGUAAAUUGAGAGAAAUUGAGAGCUCUUUAUCUCUUUACAGAUUGGCUGUGGGUAUGAAUUCUUAGGAACCCUCUUUCGGAAAUGUUUGAAUUUUAGCUAACCUUAACCCUUUUUCUAUCCUUAACCUAAUUCUCCUAAUCUGCUGCAUUAAUUAUCCUCAUUUGCUGUGUAAAUUCUCCUAAUCUGCUACAAAAAGUGAAAUUCUAGUCAAUUCUGACAUAAACUGUAGGAUAUUCCAUCUUGACAAAAAAAAACUUUUCCUGGUAGCUAAAGGUCCGAAGAUUCUGAGCAUGUGCGUAAUUCUCUACCUUACGCACAGCCUCUGCUACAGUUUGGCUGCCCAGAGAACAGGAUACUCCGGUGAAUGGUGCUUGUUUAAUAAAGUUAGAUCAAAGCUGAAUCAGUGUCUGCAGAAUGAAAUAUAAUAGCAUCAGGGCUGUAGCUACAUAAGAGGACAAAUGAAAAUAAGAUCAGCUUUAAUAUUGCGGAUAGAUUGAGGCUUCUGUCAAUGUAGUUGUCUGCAUCAUUUCCAAUCCCCCAUAUAUUUUUGUUUGUUUUUAGUCCCAUCCUUCAGCUACCCUCAACCCCUCCUAUCUAUCUUUGAAGACCUCCCAGUUUGAUUUCUCUUGGCCAUUAUAUUUUUUUAAACUGUGCUGUAUAGGGCCUGAACUUAUUGUUGAGAGUUAGAAUAGUAUAAUACAUAUUCUGCAAUUGGCAGUUUUCCUCUUGUUAUAUGUCACUCAAUUAGCCCAUGUUAAUUCAUAUUUUACAGAUUGGUACAUUAGCUAUCUAAACUUGUACAUUUUAGAAGACACUCUUAUCCAGAGCAAUUAGAGUUAUGUAUUUUUUACCUAGUCGGCUCAAGGAUUCUAAUACAAAUGUAUUAACCACAGAUUAUCAAGUCAUUUCACAUAACAUGGAAUGUGUUAGAAUUGCAAAAUGAAUGUGUUAAUUUUGUGUGAAAUUUUCAGUAGGGCUACUGCCAAGACAAUUCCCCCCUCAGGGACAUUAAAGGGCAAUUACUCCCAUUUCAACUUCAUAUUCAUUAUCUACAGCACCAAUCCAGUGUCUACAUGUGUGAAAACAGUGCGCUUCUAUGAUCCGUGGUUAAAAAGAUAAGAAGGUCCUAAAAAAAAUGCUUCUCUGUGACAUCACAGGGUAGGAUUCAAAGUUUAAAAAACUGUGAUUGAAAAAAAACCUGCAAUGUGGUUCUACCCAGAGGGAAGGUAUUAUCUUGCUCCCCACAUCACCGCGAAUCUCAGUGUUGGAAAACCACUGUUUUUAAAACUUUUGAUGAUGUUAUCAAGUAGAACUUUUUAAUGUUAUAUAUAUAUAUAUAUAUUUACAAAACAUAGAAAUGCACCGUUUCCACAUAUGUACACACUGGUAUUGUGCUGCAGAUAAUGAAAGUAAGGUUGAAAAGUGGUGGAAUUGCCCUUUAAAGUCUAUCCUAUCCUCACCUGUCCAUCCCUGGUCUGCAGCAGCAUCUCCUCCCUCAGAUGGAAAUCACUAGCCUUGGGGAAACCCUGGAAGUGCUGGUGUAACGUCCAGGCCUUGGACACAGUCAUGGUACUAUGCUCCUCUAGUCUAAAGCAGUGGAUCUGUAGAGACUGGCUGGAGGGAAGAGGAGGAGGAGACAGGGGUUUGAGUGUAUGAAAGGGACAGAGAGAGAUAUAGAACAUGUGUUGUGUCUCUAGGAUGGAAAUCACAUUGUAAAUAUUUGCAUUCCUCUGUGCAUAUCCUAAUAAAUCUUAUCACAGCUGUACAGCUAUGUUACACAGGGUAGGUCAUGAAAA